AUGUUGAAGCAAGUGGUUGGCAAGUAUUCCAUAGGGAAAUCGAUUUACGGAAGUAGCAGAGAAAAGCUUCGACCUUUCUUGUGCCAAACCAGUUGUGGCUUCCACUAUGGACGGACUGUUUCUGCUCCAAGAAGCUUCUUUGGUGUAGAAGACUACAUGGACGAGGACACAAGCAGACCGUACACAUACCAAAAAGAGAAAAAGUCAAAGAAUCCAGACAAGCAUGUCUCGUUCAAGCAACGCACAGUCGCAUACAUGGAGCCCUUCACACUCGAUGUCUUCAUCUCAAAACGCUUUGUUUCGGCAUCCCUCACGCACCGUGUCACAUGUAAGCAAGUUGCAGUCGCGGGAACAAACUCCAAAGACGUGAAAGCUGUAUUGAGGUCACGAUGCGACAUCCCGGCAUGUAUGUCGAUAGGGAGGAUCUUAUCCGAACGAGCGAAAGAGGCCGAUGUCUACACUGCUUCUUAUACCCCACGGGAUCAAGACAAGUUCGAAGGAAAAAUCAGAGCUGUUGUCCAGUCCCUUAUUGAUAAUGGAAUUGAUGUUAAAAUUUACCUCGAUUAG